CUAUGUGCAGCGAAGAUGCCGAGUCAUUGCUUCACAUCCUCACCUUCUUCGGGAUGACUGCAGGUGGCAGCACUGCAUUGGCUGAGAACCGAGAGGGAGUGUUCGGAAUCGUGACAGGGUUUCUUCACAGCAUCUGCGCGCUGGAGAUCGUCCCCCUGGCACUGCGUCAGACCGUUCUAGCCUCUUGUUUCUGCGUCGCCGGCGCCGUCGUCGCAGCGCCCCCUAGCGACGACGGAGUGGAACUCGUCGAACAAGAUCCCUGCGUCCUCAAGUUUGCGAUGCACAUACUGGAGGUCCUCCAUCGUAAGGAGGAACAAAGGAGAAUCUCCCAGGAGGAGUCGUCGACGGGAUCACACGCCGACGCGACGGUGACAUCUAGUGGCCAGAAAAGUAAUGAUCGGGACGCGGAGGCAGGCGGCGCUGACCGGCCGUUCCGUACUGUGGAUGGCGCAGAAGACAGCAGUGAGGUGACGCGCGAACGGACUACCGCCGCGGAUUCUGCCGACAAUAGAGCAUCUGGCAGGGCGGACAGUACUGAGCAGGCCGGGGACGUGCCUUCCCCGCGCACGAAAGAGAGUAGUGAAGUCGUUGAGCAACAGGUGGCGCCAGGAGACGUGAGCAACGAGGAACCAGCUGCUAUUCUUCACGAACAGUUGAUGCGUUUCAUUAGGGACCUGAUAAUGGCUCUACCACAGGAGCAGUUCUCGCCGAUCCACGCCGUACUGAACGAGGCGAAGCGAUCGCAGCGACUGCUACUGCUGCGCCACCUGCUGGAUGAGUCGCCGGAGUGCGUGCGGCGUCUGCAUGCCGUCGCCGCGCUCAAGGGAAGCCGGCUCCACCACCUGCAGCACGCGAUCGCGGGGCUUCUCCCCGAGAAGGAGGAAGACGGAAAAGGAAGCCCCACCGCCGCCGCCAGCUCAUCCUCCGUCUCCUAGCGACGCGAGAGAGAGGAGAGCAGUGCCAUCUGUUGGUCAGCGAUGGAAGCUCUGCUGCCAGCUCCUCCUCGCGGCGACACGAGACAGGAGAGUAGCGCCAUCUGUUGGGAACAAAGGACAGCGCCGAAAUCGGCCAACGAUCGUCGACGGCGCCAUCUGUUGAAAAAACAACGGCAAUGCUGUCGGCUCGUCCUCUUUCUCCUAGUGGAAUCGGCGAAGGAGAACGUCUUUCUUCCUGCUCUUCUAGUGGCUAGACAGAUAAAGGAAGCUCCCUCUCCUAGUGGCAGGACAGAGAAAGACAAAGACAGUAGCGCCAUCUGUUUGCCACAAACAGCAGAGCAUCCCUUUGCUGGAGAGUAUACGCCGCGGACACACCGCCGCCACGAUACAGGCAAUUACAUAUUUCCAAACACAAUCAAACUCCUGAGUGAGAUAUUUCCUACAGGUGGCCCGACGUGACAUUCCACGCGGCGGCCGUGAUAGGGUGCUGCCGUCUGACGAAAAACUUCUGGUGAUACUUCCUCCCAUUUGUAGGGAUGGAUGAGAAGACCCUUGACUUAGCAGUGAUCAGUCAUCUGGUGUCGUGUAUCAUAAUCGAAUCAUCGCAAGAUAAAGGUUCCCGUAUAAAAGUCGAUUAACUGUGUUGUAAGAAGAUUUAGGUUUAGAGACUUCCCAAAGGACAGUUUUCUCUCUUUCCGAAUUAGAGGUCCCUCGAUUCUGGGAAUUCUACCAGAUUCUGUACGUACUGUAGCGUAACGGAUACGUAACAGCAUACGAUCAUACUCUGCAGGAAUAAAAGCAAUGUCUCAACUGGUGGGUUAGUCCUCAUAGAAGAUGAGACUCGGGUUCUCUUACACUAAAGAUGAGACUCCGCGGCAUUACACAGGCGUAUCUCACUCGCCGCGUAUUCUACAUCUGUCAUUGAUGUAAGAGAAAUAUUGUGAGGUUGCGGGAAACUGUGUUCUGAUGCUAGGAUUGUGAUUGUGAUUGAGAUUGAGAUGAGGUUUCUUGGAAUUAUGCCUGGGUUAUGCAUUUGUUCAUCUGUGUUUUCUUGCCGAUGCCAAAUGGCUGUUGCUCAGUCAGAUCGUGUGUAUGAAAUCAUCCGACCUGUGAUGGCCAGUAAGUUGGUUGCAGUGCAAAGAAACCGUUCUGCCCCAGGGUCCCCACCACCCUUGAAAGUCCUUGUAUUUUGUCCUUUGUCCUUAAUUUGUCCUUUUGUCAUUGAAAGUCCUUGGAAAUAGAUCCAAGUCCUUAUUUUAUGUCUAAUGUCAUGGAAUUCUACUUUUUUGAUAAGCAAAUCUUCAUUGCUGGUUAUCUGACUGACACUAUUCCAAGUCUUUGAUAAAACUGUUAAAUUUAAUCCAAAAUAUACAUGUCAUUGUCUACUAAUCUACUAAUUUUUACGUGCAGGUGGUGUAGGGGUCUAGACACUAAGUUCAUCAUUUUAAUAUUUAUUUAUUAAUCAGUGUUCAUAUUUUACUACACAAUUGUGUCAAUUUGUGUGUAAUUUGUGUGUAGGAAAAUACACACUAAGUAAUAAAAAAUUAUAAUAAUAGUCAG